AUGGUACAAUUUGGAGAUUUUAGAGAUAUUUGUGAGACGGUUGCUUUAACUGUUUGUCCACUAGUUGGAGCAGUGGAAGGUAUAGAACCAACCUGUUAUUCAAGAAAUGUGGAAAUUGCUAAAACACUUUUUUUUCAACCAGCCACUGUCAUUAUUCAUAUAAUUGCAUUGGUUAUGACUUCUAUUAUGAUAUAUCAUAUAAAAUCAAAAUAUACAGCUGUUGUUUCAGGAAUUAUUGCAACAGCAUCACCAACUUACCCUUAUUUUACUGCAGCACAUGUAAGUCUUAUAACUGCAACUUUUUGGUGUUUAUUAUUGAAUGGAUUUGUUGGGUUUCAAUUUGCAGAAGAUGGUACUCCAUUAUCACUUUGGUCAAUUCGUAUUUCUUCAUUGGCUGUAUUUGGUGCAGUAUAUUUCAUAAGCAUUGCAACAUUCAAUAGCAUAGCUGGAUUCAGUCCAUUGCGCCCAGUAGCAUUAUGGAUCAUUUUAUAUGUGUUUAAUGGAGCAGCAUUAAUGAUAUAUGUAGUUUUACAAAUUGUUUUGGUGUUGAAUACACUUGAUGAUAGAUGGCCACUUGGUGAUAUUAUAUUUGGUAUUGCAUUCUAUGUCAUCGGACAAGUCAUACUCUACAUGUUCUCGGUACGCAUUUGUGACACAGCAAAACAUUAUAUAGAUGGAUUGUUUUUCGGUACCAUUUGCACUUUGUUGGCUGUUAUGAUGGUUUACAAAUAUUGGGACUCGAUUACAAAAGAAGACUUGGAAUUUUCUGUUGGAAGUAAACAAAAUGUUUGGGAAGUUAAAGAGUUGCUUGCAGAAGAUGAAUUGGCAUAUAAUAAUCAAGACUGGGGUCAUGAUGAAUAUAAGUAUAAUUUGUGUUUUUUUGAAUUUUCUGUUGAUAGGAAAGUUAGGAAAACACCUGAUUGGAU